UGAACAAUGGCACGAAAGGCCACAAAUGAGAAUUGUUAGUGCUAUCAGGGAUCCUUGGGACAUAACCUUUACUCGAACAUUAAGGUUAACCCUUACCAUUUUACAUGUCAACUUCAAUUGGGGCAACAGGAUCCCGAAUAGCUUUACGCCAAAUGAUAAUAGCAUGCGUUUGUACUACCGUUAGCUAGCUGUCAACAGCAGUAGAUAGGAAGAGUUAGACUAACGUUUUAUAUAGCUACAUUUUUAUUUAAAAAUAAGACAAUCGCAUGUUAAAUAUGCAAUAUCUCGUUACCAGAUGUGCAAGGUAUGACGCUUUUAUAUUGUUGUAUUUUCGCAAUAUGUUUUUAGCACGCGAGCUAACUAACGUUAGAUGUAACUUACUAUCAACGAAUAGCAUGCUAACUUUAGCUAGCUACAGUACCUAGCGCCAAAACCAAUAAUUGGCAUCGUUUAAGACAUCACGAGUUACACGUAUAAAAGGUUAACUUUGUCAAUCCUCACAUGCUGAAAUCCCCAUGACUAGUUUUGAAAGCAGUUUCAAUGCACAGUUGGGUGUAGGCUAUAAUGCAAUAUCUGUGGUAUGCAUGUCAUCAGCACUCCUCGUAAAUAGCUUUGUUUUGGUUCUUUUUGACAACAAAUUCUCCCUCUCCUGUAUAGGGUAUUGGUAGGGCCAGGAGUUUUUCCUAGACUUGUCACUUGGUCAGGAAACGCUAUUGGUCCUUGGUAUUACAUAUGUUUUUCUGACAACCAAAAAAGUGUAUGACUUAUCCUACUACAACUCGCCGAUUAUUAUUGUUUCAACAAGGGCAUUGCGGAUGUAUUAGCCUGAACUGAUGCCCAGCGUGACUGUUCUGUACUCCGAUAUCGAAAAUAUUCCCAUCGGUGAAGUAAUUUAGUGCUCCUACAACCACAAAACAACCAUGAAUACCUACGUAGCCAUCCAUGGCAAGAACAUAUCCCACAAUCCCCUCUCCUCCACCCAAGCCAUGUCUAUCGACAAGCUCUUCCCGGCUCUCCUGGAGUGUUUUGGGAUCAUCCUGUGUGGAUACAUCGCCGGUAGGACAGACAUAAUCACCUCCUGUCAAACUAAAGGAUUAGGGAACUUUGUGUCUAAAUUCGCCCUCCCGGCGCUGCUCUUCAAGAACAUGGUUCUGUUGGACUUUAAUAACGUGAUCUGGUCGUUCCUGUGGAGUAUCCUGAUAGCCAAGGUGUCGGUGUUCGUCCUGGUGUGUGUUCUGACGCUAGCCGUGGCCAGUCCGGAGAGCAGGUACAGCAAGGCAGGACUCUACUCCAUCUUCGCUACGCAGAGCAACGACUUCGCCCUGGGGUAUCCCAUUGUGGAUGCCCUGUACAGGAACACAUAUCCAGAGUACCUGCAGUACAUCUACCUGGUGGCUCCUGUCUCCCUGAUGUUCCUCAAUCCCAUAGGAUUUGCCUUCUGUGAGGUCCAGAAAGUGGAAGGACCACCCAGAGAGACAGCAGGGCAAGUUGCAGAUCGUCAGAGUGGUGCUGCUGCAGGUACUGAAGAACCCGAUAGUGUUCAUGGUGGUGGUCGGGAUCGUGUCCCACUUUGCCCUGGGCCAGAGGAUCCCUGCUGUGAUGGAGGAGUUUGUGGAUGGCCUGGCCAACUCCUUCGGAGGAGCAGCUCUCUUCUACCUGGGACUAUCUAUGGUGGGACAGGUGACGAAACUCACCAGGUCUACUGGAGUAGCCCUUAUCCUGCUCAUCACUGCCAAACU